AUGGAAGACUUCCUAAGGUUCAAUAGUCUGCAGCCGCUGCCGCUGGCGCGGCCCAACAGGCCGCACAGCUUGUCCACGAGCAGCCUGCCCGAGAAGAACGGCGCCGCCGUCACGCCCACCGCCUCCUCGGCGCCCACCCGCCAGACCACCGGCAGCUACGACGGCGAAGGCACUCCGACCAAGAGCAACCAGCGGUGGCUCAAGCUGCGCACCACGGUGCAGCUGUCGAGCGCCAUCUCCACCUCCGCGCAGAAGAAGCCGCCGCUGAAGCGCGAGGACUCCUUCCUGAAGCGCUUCUCCACCCGCCAGAUCCCAGAGACGCAGACGGUGGACACGGGCGAUGACGGCGACGGCGGCUCCAGCCCGACGGGCAACGCGACGCCGACGCGCCGGCGGCGGCGGCGGCGCGGCCCGCAGCGGCUGCCGCGCACCGUCGUCAACCCGGACGAGAACUUCUACUUCUACUGGCUGAUGCUGCUCACCGUGUGCGUGCUCUACAACCUGUGGACGCUCAUCGUGCGCCAGAGCUUCCCCGAGCUGCAGCAGCGCGCGCCCGCCUUCUGGCUCUCCUGCGACUCCAUCAGCGACGCCGUCUUCCUGCUCGACGUCGCCGUCCAGUUCCGCACAGGUUACCUGGAGCAGGGCCUGAUGGUAUACGACUCCAAGAAGCUGGCGGGCCACUACCUGCGUUCGAGGGCCUUCCUGCUCGACCUGAGCGCGCUGCUGCCGUUAGACCUGCUCCAGAUCAACCUGGGCACCAACCCCAUCCUCAGGUUUCCAAGGUUUCUCAAGGUGUACCGCGUCUACGACUACUACUACAUGGUGGAGUCGCGCACCGUCUACCCCAACCUGUGGCGCGUCGUCAACCUCAUCCACAUCCUCAUGAUCCUGGCGCACUGGUUCGGCUGCUUCUACUACUUACUGAGCGAGGCCGAAGAGUUCCAGGGCGACUGGGUGUACCCGUACCGGCCGGGAGAGUACGCGACGCUGACGCGCAAGUACCUGGGCUCGCUGUACUGGUCGACGCUGACGCUCACCACCAUCGGCGACCUGCCCACGCCGGAGAGCAACCUGGAAAAAACCGAUGGAUCGCCGAACGGCCCCAAACACCUGCCCAGGCGCGGUCUCAAAUCCCGAAUACUCCAGUUCAAAUCCAACCGCGGGUACAUCUUCACCAUCGUCAGCUAUCUCAUCGGCGUCUUCAUAUUUGCCACCAUAGUGGGCCAGGUGGGCAACGUGAUAACCAACCGGAACGCUAACCGGUUGGAGUUCGAGCGGCUUCUGGACGGCGCCAAAACGUACAUGCGCCACCACAAGGUGCCGGGCGGCAUGAAGCGGCGGGUGCUGCGCUGGUACGACUACAGCUGGUCCAGGGGGCGAAUUCAGGGCGGCGGCGACAUCAACACGGCCCUGGGUCUGCUGCCGGACAAGCUGAAGACCGAGCUCGCGCUGCACGUCAACCUCAGCGUCCUCAAGAAGGUGACCAUCUUCCAAGAGUGCCAACCUGAGUUCCUGCAUGACCUUGUGCUGAAGAUGAAGGCGUACAUCUUCACACCGGGUGACAUCAUCUGCCGCAAAGGCGAGGUCGCGAGGGAGAUGUUUAUUAUCGCGGACGGCAUCCUCGAGGUCAUCAGCGAGACCGGGAGGGUGCUAACCACGAUGAAAGCGGGGGAUUUCUUCGGUGAGAUUGGGAUCCUGAACCUCGACGGUCUCAACAAGCGGACGGCGGACGUGCGCUCGGUGGGCUACUCGGAGCUGUUCAGCCUGUCGCGGGAGGACGUGCUGGCCGCCAUGAAGGACUACCCGGAGGCGCAGGAGAUCCUGCAGAACCUCGGCAGGAAAAGCGCCGGCAAGCGCAUCGUGGACCGCCUGCGCUCCGACGUCAAGGGGCUGAAGAACGCGCUGCGCAAGAGCCGCAGGGGCCACAGGACGAACGACGAGUCGCUGGAGCUGCAGCCGCUGAACCCGGACGGGGGGCCGGCGCCCGGCGAGCGCCACGUCUCCGGCAAGGGCGUGCUGCGCCGCAUGUCGCGCGUCCGCAGCGACGAGGCCGACGACAUCGCCCGGCCGGCCGCCGACCACCACCCGCAGGCAAGUGCGGCGCGCCGCGACAGCCGGGGAGCGAGGGGGCGGAUGGGCAGCAGGCCCUCUCCGCCACUCACUCCUGCCUCGCGACCUUGCAUGUUCUGUACUACUGGCUCGCCGAAAUACGAGGGCGUGCCCAAAAUUAACACUACUGAAUUGUUAAGGGGAGUUGGCGCCAGCCUGCUGCCGUGCGCGCAGCCCAUGUCGCCGUCGGAGAAGCUGGGCGCGGGACUGCCGCUGCUGCAGCGACUGCGCAUGCUCAAGGAGAAGCAGGAGCGCGAGGAGCGCAAGCUGCUGCCCGCGUCGCCGCCGUCGCCGCCGCCGGCGCCGGCGCCCGCCCCCGGCGAGCGGGACCGGCCGGCCACCCCCGAGCGCGAGCACGAGGUGCUGGGCGCCGGCCUACCGCUGCUGCAGCGCCUCAAGCUGCUCAAGCAGAAGGAGGAGCGCGCCGCCACCGCCGCCCCCGCCGCCGGUUCCGUCGUCGUCGUGGUCAUCCGCCCACGUCGGGGAACUCGAAGCAAGAUCGGCUUCCGUAGCUUCCUCAGGACACGGCAUGGGUCCAGCCUGUCGCCCCCGACGACGGCGGACGACUCGCGGCUGCACUCGGGCCCCUCCUCUGAGGAGGACUCUGCGGCUCCUCGCAGAGUGGCCGCCGGCAGCUCCAUCCUCACACGGCUCGCCUCGCUCAAGCACGCUGGUCGGCAGCCCAGCGUGGCGUCGUCGACGGCGUCGAGCGACCGGCACAGCGACGCGGAGGCGGUCCCUUGCGGGCCGUGCUCGCCCACGGAGGCGCUGUCGCCGCCCCCCUCCGCCACCAGCUCGGCGCCGUCGCGCGGCGGCUCGCUACUGCUGCGCGACAAGCUCAAGACGCUGGUGCACGCGCCCGCGCACACGCCGCCGCACACGCCCCCACCGCCCCCGCAGGCGCAGCCGCCGCCCCCGACUGUGGUUCACGCUGCCACCGCUGCGGCCGCACCACCCGCAGGCGAACUCCCGCGGCCGGGGCUGGUGAAGAAGCAGCCGUCGUGGACGAUCCUGAAGCGCGCGGCCAUCGUCUCGUCCUCGGGGUCCCGCGAGGACGAGAGCAGCGACGCGAGCGCCGUGUCCGCCCCCGCGGCGCUCGACCGCACCGCCGCCGAGGGUGGAGACGCCGCCGCCGAACCCGACCUGGUACCGGGGGCCACGCCCACCGACACGCCCUCCUCGCCCGCGCGCCACAAGGACGCAGACGACGACCAGCUGCCCGUCCCAGCAGCGCCAGGAAUCGCCAAAGAGAACGACGCGUGGAGGCCGUCGGUGGAGAUGGCGUCGCCCCCGCCAGCCUCCGUGGGGCGGCCGCCGCCCCCGGGGGCGGAAGCAGACCCGCAACCGCCGCCCACGUGCGUCGCAGCCGCAGCCGCUGCCGCUGCCAACACUACACCAGCCGUGCCUCUCAAACGCCCCGCGAAGCCGACCCUGCUGCAAAUCCAACAGCGAGAGACAAAGUUCUACACGUCGAUAGACGACCUGUCGCCCGAGUACUCGGGCCUGCCCUUCGUCAAGAAGCUCAAGAUCCUGAACGAGCGCCAGAAGCUGGCCGAGCUGGAGCGCACCGUGGCCGCCGCCGGCUUCCUGCGCAGCUCCAGCCUCGACUCGGGCGGCGCGCCCCCCGGCUGCCUCGACGGCGGGCUCACCAGGUGA